AUGCCACUGAACCGUGGCCAAGGCCAAACCACAAGGUGGUAUCAGCUAUGUUUUGUUCCCACUAGUCCAGACAGUUCAGAUGACUCAGACAUAGAAUCUGUAGUCCUUACUCCUAGUACAAUAACUAGUAGCACAUGGCAAGAACUUUCUCCAACGCCAACACUACCACCACCACCACCACCUCCUCCACCAAAUCCUGAACCUCAGAUUGAUUGGCGUCUUCCACCACCACCACCACCACCAGAUUUUGUACCGUCAUUGAUGCUGCAUCAAUGGCAGCAUCAGCCUGAAUGGACCGGGGCUUGGGAAUAUUUUAACAUAGAAGUACAGCAACAUAGCCAUCAGGCUCCCAGUCUUAGUCGUGCGUUUGAAGGUGAUAAAAGUGGGUGCUCAAUGAAUGCCAGGAAUGGCCUUGGAAUGGUAAGACUAUCAGACAUAGAUAAACUCUCUAACUGUCCCAUUUGUAUGGAUGAGUUUAAAGUGUGUGAUCAAGCAUACCGGUUACCCUGCAACCACACCUAUUGUUCUGAAUGCAUUCUUCGUUGGCUUAACAACAGCAAAACUUGUCCAGUUUGCAGGCUUCAAUUGAAUGGUUAUAGUUUUGAUAGCAUAAAUGAUAAUAAUGGUUUGGAUUCACAACUUGAUCUUCUGUCGCUGUCACCACCAGCAGUAGUUCAUAAUGAUUUGCCCCGUAACUGGGAGCACUUCUUUCAAUCCCCUCCCUCCCUUAUGCCAGGUAUAGAGAAUAGCAUAAAUGAUAAUGAUAGUUUGGACUCUGAACCUGAUAAUGAUGGUUUGGACUCUGAACCUGAAACUUUUUUGUCGCCACAUCCGUCACCACCACUAUCAGUAAUACACAAUGAUUCGCCCCUGCACACGGAGUACUUUUACGAAUCCCGUCCGUACCUCACACCAGGUAUAGAGAAUAGUGCAAGUGGUAACUCAGAUGUAGUGCAUUUGGAUGAGCUUGGCAAUUCUCAUGAAGAUGGUGCUUCUCAUAAUGCUUCUGAUACAAUAAUUUAA